CUUUAUAAAAAAAAUGCACAGCACAGCCAGAAAAGCUGAAGAAAAGAAAGCUAAGAUCAUCAGUUUAGAGGAAUCCAUACUCGCAGAGAACAAGGAGCUAGACUACCAGAUAUGCACCAGUGCUUACUAUAACACUUUUUCUUGAGAAAUGAACACAAAACCAUUAGGUUCUGUUUAUGGGGAAAAUCUUUAUGACCAUAAAUUUGAUUUUCAUUUUGGCUUCACUUGAAAUGAUAAUUUUACACGAAAACUACAAUCUUCUAAGUUCUUUGACGUUCAUAUGCUCUUCUUGUAUCAUAUUGAUUACAAAGAUAAGUAUCAUCUAAAUUUCAUGAACUUCUCUUCACCGAAUAAAGUGAAUUAUUUAUGGAUGUAUACCGGUCAUAAGAUAGCAUUGUAUAGACCAGUUUAUUUCAGAUCGUUGCUCAGACUUGGCUCUAAAGCCAUCCAGGAAGUUAAGUUUUCAUGGGUCAUGAUUGACGAAUACCAACUCAAGAGAUUGUUUGCUGCAUGUAGGCAUAUCAAAAGUGUGGGAUUUGAAGAUUGUGAACUGUUUAUUAUCAGUCCCCCUGAUCUGUCAAAAGCUCUUACCAAUUGUCAAAUACAGGAGCUAAAUUUGAAAGGAACUGGAGGUUGUUAUUUUGGGGAUUGGGAAAACAAUCCAGGGGACUUUGAGGAAUUAAUACAAGGGUUGGCUAGUUCAAGAGAUUUAAGAACGAGCCUUAAAGUAAUAGACCUCACUUGUUGUGAAUUACCCUACAGAGAAAUCGAAAGAGUUUUCACAGAAAACCAACUUGAAAGCGUAAAAAUAGUACAAAGUUUGCAAUAUUAACU